CGCGAUGGCGGCGGCGAAAGCGGGAGCGCUGCCUGAGGCGGCGGAGCGACUGAAGCGAUUCAUGGCGGCCGACCCGUCGGCCCGCUUGGAGAGCGUGCGGGCGCUGACGGGUCUGUUCCGGGAGGCGCAGCCCAGAGAAAUGGCAGAAGAAAGUCUAUUCCGGGAUCUCCUGGAAAUCCUGAUGAGAGCUUCAAAUGAAAUUGAACAGGCCUGUAAAGAUUCCUCUGAACCACUGGAUGUAGACACCUGUCUGGUGCUCAUAGCAGAAUGUUUCAGAUGUCUGAGGAAUGCCUGUGUUCAGUGUGCCAAGAAUCAACAUGUCAUGAGGAACUUGGGUCUCAUCACUACCUCUGUCCAUUUGAUCAAUUUGCUUGAUGGAAUGCAGGUCAAAGAAGAACCAUUACUGAUUGCUUUUCGAUGUAGCCUCCAGUUUCUUGGAAACAUUGCAGCAGGAAAUGGAGAUUCCCAGAAUAGCAUUUGGAAGUGUGCUUUCCCAGAUCUCUUCUUAACCUGCCUAACCUACAGUGAUGAGAAAAUUGUUGCCUACUGUUGUAUGGUCUUAUUUACCUGCCUUAAUUCAGAGAAAGUGAAGGAACUGAUGGAUCCUGGGAACUUGUCUGUGGCUCUUCACAUCAUAAAAGUCUACAAAGAACGACUGGAGUCUGAGUGGCCGUUAAAAUGCUGCUCCAUUCUGUCACGCAUAAGCUGGAAUUCUUUUGAGGUGUUCUUAAUUGUUACAGACUAUUUGCUGCAAUGUCCAGAGUUGGUAAAAGCCCUCUAUGCCAAACUGAGCAAUCAAGAAAGGGUUACUUUUUUAGAGCUGAUAAUGGCAAAAGUGAGUGAGAAGAACUCAGUUACCAGUGAAGAAAUGCAUGUGUUCAUGAGACAUGCUGAUUUCCUUGCAGGCUGUUUCCAAGAGAAAUGUGAAGCUGUGCUCAAGCUGACUUCUGCAGCAGAUGCAGAAGAUGAGGAAGCCCUGGUUACAAUUCGGCUUCUUGACAUUCUUUGUGAAAUGACAUCAAACAAUGGACAACUAGAGUAUCUGCAGACCUUGCCUGAUUUGCUUCGAACAGCCAUAGAUACCCUGAGACUAACUCAUCUUGCUGGAAAACAGACUGUAAAUAUUUUUACCACCACACAUGCUAUGACAUGGCAAGAGGAAAUUUCACAUCCAGCUGUGGGUUUUAAAGCUCAUCUCAUUCGUUUGAUUGGAAACUUGUGUUACAAAAAUAAGGAAAACCAAGACAAGGUUUACGAGUUGGAUGGCAUCCCCCUGAUUCUAGACAAUUGCAGCAUUGAUGACAACAAUCCUUUUCUGAACCAGUGGGCAGUAUAUGCCAUCCGAAAUCUCACUGAACAAAAUGAAAGAAACCAACAGCUUAUUGCCCAGAUGGAGGAGAAAGGGCUGGCAGAUAAUUCUGCCCUUGAGAGUAUGGGUUUACAGAUAGAGAAACAAGAUGAGAAGUUAAUUCUGAGAUCUGCCAGAAAAAAGCCUUCAUGAACAAAAAAAUUAAGAACAGUUGAUUCAUUAAAAGAGGAUUUCUCUUUUAAAAUGUUUUCCCUGCUGAGACAAUCAAGACUUCUUCAAUUUUAGUUCCAGUUGGCUGAAUGUGUUCUGUUCAUUCUUGGAGAAACUGCCAUACAAUUGUUCUCCCUUCCUGUUGUAAACAAAGAGAUAUGUCUGCUUUUUCUAUAUACGUAGGGUAGAUGAAUUUAUGGAGAAAAAUCCUUCUUUUUCACACGGUUGAAAUGUCAUUACUUUCCUGUUUCAUUAGUGCAAAGAUGACCUAUUGAGUUAGAAUUUCCUUUGCUAAGCCUGAGGGCAACUAUCAUUAAAAAACACAACUAAAAUAACUACUUUGCAAUUUGCCCUCUAUAUUUUACAAGAUCUGUGCUGAACCAGGGCAAAACAGUGAAAGUUUUUUGUUUUCUCUCAUUAUGCUUAAAUAACUGUCCUUACAUAAAGAUCAGUGGAAUGUUGAAUGUACGUAAAUAUUUAGUGAAUUAAACAAAACAUGCCUUCAGCAUAUUAAAUUGUUAAUAAAUUGUGUUUUCUGCCUUGAUACCUUUCACUCUUUGUGACAAGUAUAUUAAAAACAAAGCUGAAGCUGUUGUGGCAACAGAUGCUACAUUCCUUUGCACUGGGGCAUGUCUCUGUUUUGGAGACUUUGGUGUUUGUUUGAAUUUUAUUUGUUCCUUUGGAUGGUAAGUCAGCCCACUUUCCUUUUAUUUUGCACUUCUCAUGGGUUUUCUGAACUCUGGCAGACUGCUGAAGAGGUAGUUUCUCACUGUGAUUAAUUCUAGCAGAUUCUUUUCACCCCUCUGCCUUUCCAAAACAUUGACAAAACUCAUUUCCAGUUAAUUAAUUCAAGAGAGGCAGAAGAAUGGAGGGCCCUGCCUCUUCAUUUUGGGUACCCUCCUAUAUUGUUGUUGGACCCUGCCACUGUGGAAUGUGGCAUGAAUGAGAUGGGGCUUGAGA